AUGGGGUAUGCGUCUUGGACGCAUGGACUGAACUAUAGACGGCGAACUCCACCAUCGACAAGAACUCGUAUCAGUCUGAAACCACUAGGCGAAACCGCCGGGAUUCUUUUUGAAAUCGCGUCAGCUGCAAACAUUAUCAACCGUAAUAUAAGUGUCAGAAUACGGAUUGCUCGAACUCCGCGCCGAACUGACUGUGUUCGCGGUCAGACAAUAAAUGUUUAG